AGAACGCGCCGCGCAACCCCUCGCGACCCGCGAGACGGCGCUCGCGACCCACCGCUCCUCUGCCUCUUGCGACCCACUGCUCCUCCGCCAGCUCUUCUUCCCCGCCGCCGUCGCUCAUAGGUCCGCCGCCGGCUCCCCAACGCCGCCGCUCGUCCACCGCCCGUCAGCCCACUCCUCCCCCACCUCUUCGCCAGCCCCCGACCACUCUUCGCCGGCCCCGACUGUUCUUUGCCGGCCCAGACCAGAUCCUCGCCGGCCACAAACAGAUCCUCACCGGCAGCCACCAGAUCCUCGCCGACAGCCACCAGGCAAGGCACCAAGAUUGGACCAAGGUUUGCGGCAGCGGAGGUAGAGGGAUUGUUCUUGGCCGACUACUCUCUGAUUCAAGGAAAUGGAUGCUGCUGGGGGCCAUAUUCAAUGGACCAAUGCAAUGUCAACAUUUGUGCUGACCUACUUGUCUGAUCUAGUGAGGAAUGGCAAUCGCACCAACUUUGUGUGCAAGCAAGUCCACCUUAAUGGUUGUGCUAAGGCUUUAAAUGGGAGUUUGGGUUGUCAAGUUUCUGGUACCCAAGUUAGUAACCAUCUGAGGAAGUGGAAAAAACUUUAUAAAAAGAUGAAGAGGCUCCAGAAUAUCAGUGCUGCUCUUUGGGAUGAAGAUACUUGCACAAUUACUCUUGAUGCAGGUCACUACCAAGAAUACAUCAAGGAUCAUAAGGAUGAUGCCAACUUCCUAAACACACCAUUGGAGCACUACCGAGAGAUGGAAACAAUUUUUGACAAUGCUAUGGCUACUGGAAAGUAUGCCAAGGGAAGCAAUGAAGCUCUUGGAACAGAUUUCAUUGAUUUGGAAAAGGUGGAGGCAAGUAAUGGAGCUGCAAAUGAACAAGGAUGUGCUAGUGAAGCUCCCACGGAAUCGUGCAACAACGGUGAAGCCACAACGUCAAGCAAUAUUGGUGGUCAGUCUUCAGCUAGUAAACUACCAGCAGCAAGGAGGGCUAGGAUAGGUGCUGAUGACGGUGGACAAUCUUCAACCAGUCAGCCACCAACAAGGAGGGCAAGGAUAAGUGGUGAUGAUGAUUUGGGAUAUAUGUUGCUCAGUGGCCUUGAAAAACUCUCAGAUGCUAUUGUGCAAACGGCUACUGCUUCUGUAGACAGUGAGCUCCCAAAAGACCUGUAUGACAAUCUGAUGGUUGUCCCCGGAUUCGAUGAAGCCUACUUGGUCCACUACUAUGCUUACUUAUGUGACCAUUCUUCAGUAGCAAGGGUGUUCAACAGGUUGUCGGGUGUCAAACAAAAUGGUUAUGGUGACACCCCAGUUGCAAUAUUGGUGAAGGUGACAUUUGUCUGGCAGAAGUUGUUCAUGAAUCUUGCGAACUCGACUGCUCUUAUGCUGAGUGCUGUCAUCGAAUGCCAAGCUAGUUAG